GUUGGAUGUCUUUCUACGAGUGCUAUCUGUUCAAAAGAUUUUGUAACCGUUUAUGUAUAGUUCAGCAUCUGUAUGGUUGUGUAACCAGGUUUCUCUAAGACCAAUAAAGAGUUGUUUUUGGUAUGAAGUAUGUCAGGGAAACUUUAGAUAGAACAGUUUUUGGUUUCAGUUCUUGUAUGUUAAUAUAUGAGAUGGAGUUCAGUACCUCUUUGGGAUCUGGUUGUUCGUUAUUUGUUGAUGUGGAAGUGAUAUGAGGUGGGUUAGCGGUUUUGCUGGUUGACAGAAGGGAAGGAUGUUGUGUUGAUUCAGCAUUGGUACUUGAUUUUGGUUUGGGUGAGGAUUGUAGGUCUGUUGGGUAAUCAGGCUUUGAUUUUCGUAUCCAUUGCCACAAGAAGCCUGUAUUCCAUGUGGCAGAUGUAUUCUAAAAAAUCUAUGUUUGUGGUUUGAGGCAGCAUUUGGUCUUUUGGGUGGGCUGGUCACGGUACUCAUUAAUGAUCUGAUUCGUUUUGUUCCUUUUAUAUGGCUUUUGUUGCAUUUUAGGUUGAACACUCUCUAUUUGUGAAUGACGUUGAGCAGAUUAAUGGGUGGAAGGAGGUACCUUUAUUGCCAAGUAUGCAUCCGUUUCUUGCAUUGGUUCCACGAGUUAAAAGGGCUUACAUGGUGGUGGGUGCAAGAACUUGCAUUCUUUACCUUUGAUUCUGUCAAAUUUGCAUUUUCCUUUAAUGUAGAAUCUGCAUAUUAAUUUUGGUUUGUGGCUAUCUUCAUGUGAUUCAUGGUUCUCUGUUGACAAUGAUUGGUUUUCCCUAAUUUGGGUUUUUGGUAGUGUUUUUGGCAGGGUGAUGUCAUCUUCUUCGUCUUCAUUGGACAGACUUGGUGGUGCCUGAAUUUCAGUUUCUGUUUCAUGCUCACCUAUAUCAUCUACUACUGUGUCAGGGGGUUCUGAAGAAGCUGGCUGUGAAAUAUUUUGUUGACACUCUGUUGAUGUUGAUGUCCCAGGGGCUGAUGGAAGGUUUUGUGUUUGAUAGGUUGAGUUCGUUUCUUCUUGGGGAAUAACUUCAAGCUCACAAGCUCCGCAGAUAUAGUAGAUCCCCGGGACGUUGUAAGGAUUGUAGUUUGGAGUACCAUCUGAAAAAAGAUUAACAAAACACUCUUUGUGGACUUCUUGUCCACAUACCUUACAUGCAAGAAAGGUUUUGUUAGUCCGCCCUAUGCAAUAUUUUUCAUUGCAAAUUUGACAGGUAUCAGGGAAUAGGUUUUGUAUUCUGCAGAUUAGAUUGUGCAGUAUCGCAGGCUUGUUGGAUGUUUCAGAUGGUUUUUUAUUCAGAUAGGUUAGUGUUUCUUUGAGGGUCUCUCUAAGACAUUGGUUUAGGGACUUCUUUAUUUGUGAGGAUGGUUUAAGUGGGUCAUAUAGUCUAAUGCAGUCUCUUACAACAUUAUUCGGGGCAUUUGAGCAUAACUCUGCUAUGAUUGUUUUGCGCUUAUUAAUGUCAUGCUGCUGGCAAGAAUUGAGAGUUAAGCUGGCUGCAUCUGUGAGGAGCUUAGAUUUGGUUUUGUUGGCAUUUUUUCCGGAAUAGUUGCCGAAUGUCGCUACAACAAAAAAAAAUAUAAAAAAAAUGCAGAUACCUGAUCAGCUGCGCACAGAGUUCAAAAUUUAAGUGUAUGACCUGUUGGUCAGGUCACUUGAUAGGUAUCAGUUUGAUGAUGUGAUCUUCACCAAACUUUUUUUUGAUCAGCAGUUUUAAAGUUCUGCAAACUUUUAUUGUUAUUAGGUUUUUCCUUAAACAUAAACUUAGGGACCUAGAAAUAGUGUGAGUUUUUUUAUCUGUCAUUCGUCGGAUGCUUUAAUGAGAAACUAAGGUUAAAAGGGUUGUUUUUAGUUCAACCUCUAGAAGCCCUGUUGUUCAAAUCCACUCGUGAUACAAAUGGCUUAAGUUGGUGAGAAUUGCUAAUUAGGCUAUUUUAAACUUUCUUUUGCAUUAGACAAGAUAUUUAUAUUUACAAAAUUCUGUAUAAAAAAUGCAUGCAUAAGAGUGCAGUACAGAAAAAGACGAAAACAUCGUCAGUCACACUUCUUCAUAUUGUAAGGGUUUUGUCCAUACACAAUGUUGAACAUAUAUUCUCAUUCUAUUCUAGGUUUUAUAUAUACUAGUCGUUAGCCCGUGGAAAAAUCCACAGGUUCGCUCGUCGCAGCUAAGCUACCAUUUUGCGUGACAGACAGAUGUAUACGGAUGAAAUGACUAAAUAACAUGGAAGAACAACCUGCCAAUCUAGAUUCGAAUUCAUUAGAUAGUGCAGAAAGUGAUUCAGAACUCUUGACUGGUGGGAAGAUCGUUCAGUUGUCGACUACUUCUUCCAAUAAAAGUUUUAUCCAAUGCGUUAACUUUGAAUUCGGACACACAUCUUUCAGAACUUCUUGUCGUUCUUUCUGUUUUCUUCAUUUCCAGCCCUUUCAGCUUUCACCUUCUGUCACAUUACUGCAUGCAGAAAAUGCAGACAGAAAAGAAAAAGACAACAAUGCAAUUCAACAAGACCAAAACUGCUCAAGUAAAUUCCGUGUUCUGAUAAUUUUGCUUGCCGUUAUAGUAGCAAUGCUUGCUGUGUCGUUAGCAGCAGUGGUUUUUCGGUGCAAUAAGAGAUUUGUAGGUGCAACAAGGCAUCGUCAUACCAAUAUUAAGUACUUCUUCCAAAUAUCAGAUACACACUUAGACAUAUACUACAAUGCUAAUAUAACAAAUAAGAAGCAUGGCAUGUGUCGAGACAAGCCUUUAAAAAAAGAGAACUCAACCACUUAUGCAGACAAUGUAGCAACAUUUGGUAGAGUUCAAUGUGAUUCAUCAACCCUGUUGUUGCAAUCUCUUUCUAAUAAACUGCAAAAUGUCAACAAGAAGUUGGACAGAUCUGCAGAAUUUGUGUUGAUUACAGGUGACCAGUCUGCACAUAGUUAUGAUUAUUUUCAAGUCAAUGCUACUGAAUCUGUCCUUUGGUCAAUUGGAAACAGUACAGUGAUAAUUGGUGAUGGACUACCAACUGUUCCUGUCUUUCCACUUAUUGGUAACAACGAUUUGUUCAUUGAUUAUGGCCCACCACCAAAAAAUCAUAGUUACUUGUACGAAGCUCUGGGAAGUGUUUUUGAACCUUACAUUUUUCGUGGUAGCGUGAAAAAAUUAAACACUAGAGAUGAAUUUCUACAAACAUUUGAAUAUGGAGGGUACUACAAAAUCACUAUAGAUGAUGGCCAUCUUGUGAUGGUGAUGUUAAAUUCAAAUUACUGGAGCUCACGAGCAUAUGGAGUAGAUCCAAAAAUAACGAUAAUUGGCGAUGAACAGUUGUUGUGGCUAAAGAAACUGUUAGAGGAUGCCAGUCACCGAAAACAAAAAGUUGUUCUUGCUGGUCAUAUUCCACCAGGUUGUUCAACCUACCCAGGAGAAAAAAACAUGUGGCUUCAAAAUUAUACAGAAGCCUACCUGGAAUUUACCACAACCCUGUAUCCUGAUGUUGUCACAGGCCAGCUUUUUGGGCAUACUCAUUCUGAUAAGGUCAAACUUCAAAAUAUAAAAGAGUCACGCAGUGAUGCCUUUCUACUAAUCUGUCCAAGCAUUACACCUAAUUAUCAAAACAACCCAGCCUUUCGUCUGUAUGAGUACGAUGUCCAACAUAAGCAACUGCAAGAUUAUACCCAAUUCCACUUUGAUUUGACUGUCUCAAAUGUUUUCCAAAAGUCAUUUUGGUCAAAAGAGUAUUCGUUCAGGGAAGAGUAUGGAAGACAACUAACGGUGAAUAGUAUGGGUUUUUUUAUAGAUGAUUUGUUGAAUGCUUCAAGCUCCACUUGGUUUAAGUAUUCCACCCAUAUGAAAUCUCAGUAUGAUAGUAUAUUGUUCACCAAAAGGUUUGCUGAAUAUUGUGGUGCAAAAUUUACUGAUGUAGUUUCCUAUGAAAAGUGUUUGCAAAAGUAUAUUAAUAUUGGUGUAUAGUAUUUUUUUUAAAAACAUUGUUAUGUUAGUUAAACUUUUUUUUUUAAUUUGCACAAAUAUACUGCUUGUUUUUCUA